AUGGCAACGGCAACGACCGGCGAGCUCCAAGCAGACGCGACCAACGAGAUACACCUCUCCACAGAGCUGCUUGUGAUAGUGUUCUCUCACCUGCAAUUCAGAGACCUAGGCAACUGUUGUCUGGUUUCCAUUAGGCUUAAGGAGAUCAUCAAAAACACGCCCGAACUUCAAUAUUAUCUGGAGACACAGGCCGCUGCGUAUAGCAGACACCCGUUACUGCAAGAUAGAACAAAGUCCAUUGUCGACAAGUUCGAAGACUUCCGCAAGGUCCAACGCAAUUGGAGGGACCCUCGGCCUGAAAAGGUCCUGCACUGGAUUUCUCCUACGCCAUCCGCCUUCUGCGACGCCUUUGGUGGUGUGGUUAUUGGCUCCUCCUUUGAUGUCACAGACCUUUUUAUUGUACACUCAGAUCCCGGACCGCGCUUUGAGCAGCUGUCGAUGAACCGGCGCGUGCUCCCGCGCGGCGUCGACGUGAGCCAGGAUCUCCUCGCUGUUGUCGCAAUGGAUGAAACUCUGGGUUUUCGGCAGCUGGAGUUCCUUUCUCUCAAAACGGGUCGCCGCCAUCACCGCGCACAAAGGCGAGCAAUAGACGAGACACACCUUGGCUAUGCGGCAGUGGAGAACUGCGUAAUGGACGUUUUUGCACGUAUGUCGAUAUCCGGCGACUGGUUGAUCUUCGAGGUCGGCCAUACCUGCGACGAGCUUAACAUCUACCUGUGCCACUGGCCUACGGGAGAGAUUCGGGCGCGAUGGACAAGCGACCGCGAAGUCUGGUACCAACAUGCGUAUCUCACCACCUCGCACCUCUUUAUCUCCCACGUUGUUCUUCCUCGCCAGCCGCACAUCGACGUCUACGCGCUCUCCGCGUUCCCCGCGCCGACGCGGACUGAUACGCCCGUUGCGCGCUUCGCGCUCCCUGAGCUAGAUGCAGACGCCAAGGCCGACAGCGUGCGGUACUUCACCUUCUCGGCCCGUCCAGACCAUUCCCUCUGCGAGAGCCCGCACGCACCUGAGACCGCGCUCUUGUGCUUGACCGUGCGCCAUUCGGGUGGUGCGAUGCUCUUCGUGCCCCUCUCGACGUUCACUUCUGUCCAGCCAAGCGUAGACGUCCCUGAAGUGCAUCCCUGGGUAAGCUGGGGCCCGCAGCGCACGCGAGUCUGCGAAGGCGCGGACUUGCUGGCCUUGUCGGGAAUGCGUGCUGUCCUCUCCGAUCGGAUAUUCGACUUCAACCCGUGGGACGCCGCGACUAACGCAUACAUGCCCGUGCGUUUGGAUUCGAAUGCGGAGUCGGAGUGUAAUACCAGCCGUGAGGCGCGGGGACGCGUGCUUCACUGCGGGCCGAGUAUCGCCAGUAAGGACGCGGGGUUGUGCGGCGAGGUAGUCACCGGCCUAGCGUAUCGAGAGGUACUGGUGAAAUUCGACGAAGAGGUGGACCUCCAAGAUGGAUGGGUGCAUAUUCAGCAUGAUGAAGAUGGACCAAAGCUCGUUCACUCGGGGUUGCGAGACAACGCGUUGGUUCUGGUAUUUUACAAGCUCUGA